UACCGUCUUCCAUUCUUAAAACCUUAACCCUUGCAGAGGGAGAGGUUUAUAUGGGGGCGGGAACCGAUGUCAAGCUCCAUUGCUGUCAGGGCGCCAUAACAGACAAGUUGCUAUACAAGACCCACACCUGCAAAACCCUAACACCCUAGAAACCCUAAAAUCAGCGUAUUAUUUUCGGUUGCUUCUGUUUAGGGUUAUGCAACGAUGGCUUCUCGUGACAACUCUGAGGUGGUUACAUCGAGUGUGGAUGCAGUUGUGUUCAAUUUAUUCACAGAGGAGGAAAUUAAGAAGAUUAGUGUAGUAAGAGUUACGAGCCCUGUGUCUGUACAUAUGGGGUACCCGGUUCCUGGGGGCUUGUAUGACCUUGCAAUGGGACCAAGCAGAGCACCCCGUGCAAACGAACCACUAUUAAGGUGUACAACAUGUGGUGAGACUUUUUACAAUUGCACAGGCCAUUGUGGGCAUAUUGAGCUUGCUAGACCAGUUUACAACCCUGUGCUAAUGAAUACUCUGCUAAAGCUUGUGAGGCGUGUUUGCUUCUAUUGCCAUCAUUUCUUGCUGGAUAGACGAAGAGUCCAAAUGUUUGCUUCUAAACUGGAGCUUAUUGUGAAAGGUGACAUUGCUGUUGUUGAUGAUGGUGAGAUUAAGGCCUUGACUGGUGAUGCGACCUCUGAGGAAAGCUUUGAGUCAAGUACUGUGACUCGAAAAACAGUGGAAGCAUCCAAUUUAAACCAAUGUGAAUGGACGUCACUUCAAUAUCAUAAAGCCAUGACUGUUCUAAAUAAAAUGAUCUCAGAGAAGACGAGUAAAAUAUGUGAUAUGUGCGGUACUAAAAAUGCACAGAUUAGCAGCCUUAGUGUGAAUCGGUUGUAUCAGGUACAACAUUGUUUGAAGCUUCUGUGGGAAAAUGAACCCCGUAUCUGCUCUCUUAUGUGGGACAUCCAACAGAAAAAAUUGCUGGCAUGUAGGCAGAGUCCUACUUAUUUAAUGUUUUUUAUCAAAGUUCUACUGGUGCCACCUUGCAGGUUUCGCCCUCCUAACACAAAGAAUGAUUCAGAAUUGGAACACACACAAACUACUUUGCUAAGGAGAGUUCUUGAAGCCAAUCUCUCCCUAGGGGAUGCUAUAAAGGCCGGAGAUGUGGUAGAUUCAAAGAUAAAUGAUAGUUGGAGAGAUCUCCAAACGAAUGUGGAUUUGUUAUUUGAUAGCGACAAGGCUAGUGGUAAAAAAGGUGAGUUGGAGUCUGGAAUACGUCAGUUAUUGGAAAAGAAAGAGGGGCUCUUCCGACAAAAUAUGAUGGGCAAAAGGGUUAAUUUUGCUUGCCGAUCUGUCAUUUCUCCAGAUCCGUUUUUGGCAGUGAAUGAGAUUGGCAUCCCUCCUUAUUUUGCAAAGAAAUUGACAUAUCCUGAGAAAGUGACUCCCUGGAAUGCUGAGAGGCUGAGGCAGGCUGUGCUCAAUGGGCCUGAAAUUCAUCCUGGUGCCACACUUUAUCAUGAUGAACAGGGAAAUACUAAUUUGGCUGAUAAUCUGAACGACUCAAAAUAUAAAAAUGAAAAUCGGCGUAAUUCUAUUGCUAAAAAGUUGCUUUCAACUCCUGGAGCCGUUUCUACUGAUGUUUCUGGAAAGGGUUUCAACUCAAACUUUGAAGGCAAGGUUGUCUAUCGGCACAUACAAGAUGGAGACAUUGUGCUUGUGAAUCGACAGCCUACGCUUCACAAGCCGAGCAUGAUGGCACAUGUUGCUCGCAUAUUGAAGGGGGAGAAGACACUCCGUAUGCAUUAUGCAAAUUGCAGCUCAUAUAAUGCUGAUUUUGACGGUGAUGAAAUGAAUGUACACUUCCCACAAGAUGAAAUAGCUCGAGCCGAAGCAUACAACAUUGUAAAUGCCAACGAGCAAUACAUAGUACCAACAAGUGGUGAACCAAUAAGAGGCUUGAUUCAGGAUCACAUCGUAAGUGCAGUGCUUCUUACAAAGAAAGACACGUUCCUAACUCAGGAGGAAUAUCAUCACCUUCUUUACUCUGCAUGUGUGUCCACUGUAGCUCCAGAUUUCAAACAUGGUAAUCUUAGUAAAAAAAUAAGUUUGGUGAAGUCUGAUGAGGAAAUACGUCCCCUGCUCCCUGCAAUUUGGAAACCAAAGCCCUUGUGGACUGGAAAACAGGUUAUUAGCACAAUUUUGGACCAUGUCACGAGGGGCCAGCCACCAUUUACUGUGAAAAGAGCAGGACGGAUCCCAGCAGGGUACUUUGGGAAAAAGAAUGGAGAGUACAAGGUUUUGGUUCACAAGAAUGAGCUUGUCCAUGGUGUCAUUGACAAGGCACAGUUUGGGAAAUUUGGUUUGGUUCAUGCUGUCCACGAGUUGUAUGGUGCAAGUGCAGCAGGCCGUUUGUUCUCGGUAUUUACUCGAUUGUUUACUGCAUAUUUGCAGAUGCAUGGGUUUACCUGCGGUGUUGAUGAUCUUCUGGUGAGGCAAUGCGCAGAGAUGGAUAGAAGAAGAAAAUUAGAUGAAAGUGAAACCAUUGGCGAUCAUGUCCAUUCUUGGUUCAUUGGUGCAAAGGAUGCUGAGAUGGAUCCUAUAAGAAUGCAAGCAGCGAUUGAGAAACUGGUGCGUGGUAAAGGAGAAUCUGCGAUAGCUCGGUUGGACAGAAUGAUGUCAAGUGCCCUCAAUCGUCUGACUUCUGAAGUUAACAAUAGCUUAUUCCCUGAAGGACUGUCAAAAUCUUUUCCUAGUAACUGCCUUUCUUUGAUGACAUCAUCUGGUGCAAAAGGUGGUCUAGUUAACUUCACACAAAUUUCCUCGUUGUUGGGCCAACAAGAGUUAGAAGGAAAACGUGUCCCUCGUAUGGUCUCUGGGAAAACACUGCCUUGCUUUCUUCCUUGGGACAGCGCUGCUCGUGCAGGAGGCUUCAUUAGUGAUCGAUUCCUGAAUGGGCUUAGGCCACAAGAGUAUUAUUUCCAUUGCAUGGCUGGCCGUGAGGGGCUUGUGGAUACUGCAAUUAAAACAGCUCGUAGUGGCUACCUGCAACGGCGUCUGAUGAAGAAUCUUGAAUGUUUAAGAGUAAAUUAUGAUCAUACAGUGCGCGAUUCUGAUGGAUCUAUUAUCGAGUUCAUUUAUGGAGAAGAUGGUGUUGAUGUUGUCAAAACUAGCUGGCUAACGGAAUUCAAAUUUCUUGCUGCUAAUAAAAAAACUCUUUCAGCGAGACUUGGGGUUCAUCAACUUGAGGAUGCGCUUCCUUCUGAAUAUGAUAGUUAUAUCAAGGAUUUGCCUGAUGCUCUUGAAGAGAAAAUGAACAAAUUUAUUGAGAAACUUUCGAAGAAAAAGAGAGAUUCUCUUCACCUGAGGAAGCUGAAGCAUUUUAGAAAUUUAUUAAAGCUCAAAUACUUUUCAAGUCUUGCCCAACCUGGAGAAGCUGUUGGUGUCAUUGCUGCCCAGUCUAUUGGAGAACCAUCAACCCAAAUGACGCUGAACACCUUUCACUUUGCAGGGCAAGGAGAAAUGAAUGUGACACUCGGUAUCCCACGUUUGCAGGAAAUUCUCGGGGCUGCGAAGGACAUCCGCACUCCAGUCAUGACUUGCCCUUUGCUGAAGCAAAGAACGAGGGAUGAUGCAGAACGGCUUGCUGCUAAACUGUCGAGGAUCAAAUUUGCAGAUGUCAUUGAGAGUAUGCAGGUCCAUGUUGUACCAUUCAGUGUUAAGAAUGGGGAGGCAUGUACUGUUUAUAAACUACGAGUUAGUUUGUAUCCCCCGGAGUUGUUCCCUGAACACUCAGACAUAACUAGGGCUGACUGUGUGAAAGCUUUCAGGAGUCAGUUUCUCCCGAAACUAUCAAAAGUCAUAGAAAAGUAUCUCAAGAACAAAUCUAAGGGCCAGCCAAAUUUCCUUGACAUUGCCAAAGUGGAUCAAAAUACUGGCCCUGAGGACGCUGUAGCCACCCCUAAGGACACUGAUGAUGGGGAAACUCCAACUGAUGAUGAAACUCCAAUUCAUAAUGAUGAUCAUGAGGAAGUUGCAGACGACGAGCAGGAUGGGGCAGAUGCUAGGAAAUGGAAAAAUCAGGAGAAUGAUGAAGUUGAUUAUGAAGAUGAUGUGAUGGAAACUGAAGUGUCGGAUGUUGAUGAUGGAGUUAGUAGUGACGAUGAAGAUAAAAGUAACAUGUAUGAAGGUGAGGAUGAUGGCAACCACAGUGAGAAAAGUGAAAAUGUUGGGUUGGGGUCCAUCACUGAGGAGGAAGCAAUGGAGAGUUUAUCAGAAAUGGAAGGUGGGGAACCAUUUAGGAAAUCAGGGAAAAUUUUGUCAAAAUCCAAACAACAAGACCAUGUCAAGCAGUCAGUUUUGGAAAAGAGUAAGAAGGAUCGUGGAAAGACCAAAAAGCAACGGGCUGACACUUUGGACACUGGAGAAGACUUAGAGGCUCCAUUUAUAUUUCCAAAGGGCUGUCCUUACCUUCUCUCUCAGGCAGCCGAGAAGGUGGCAAAUGAUACUUAUGUCCGUUCGGUGCUUGGCAUUGACCAAUGCUCAGUUGUGGACUACCAACCUGUUGAGGACUAUAAAGGGGAGCCCCCAUCAUCUGUCGCAAUCCAGACCGCUGGCACCAAUUUUCUACUGAUGUGGACCAGAGAGGAUGUUGAUAUCAAACACCUUGUCUCCAAUGAUAUACACGCAAUGCUCAAAACUUAUGGAGUCGAGGCUGCAAGAGCUACCAUCAAAAGGGAGAUCAGGAGUGUUUUUGGGUCCUAUGGUAUCGCCGUGAAUUCGCGGCACUUGGAUCUUAUAUCAGAUUUCAUGACAGCAGGAGGUGGUUUAAGGCCCUUUACAAGGAAAGGAAUCGACUAUAACACUUCACCUUUCUUGAAAAUAACAUAUGAGACUGCCACUAGGUUCGUUGUGGAUUCGGCUAUCCAUGGCCUUGAGGACGCACUUGAAUCGCCUUCUGCACGAAUUGUGUUGGGCCAAGUGCCAAAGAUGGGGACGGGGUGCAUUAGUGUAUUGCAAAAUUUGGUGGUUUGAGUCUUACUUUCGUUUUUCUUUUUGGUUUUCUGUUAGAAGGCCUAAGAGGGUUCCUUUAAACUGUAGUUUGCCAAUAUUGGGAAUUUUUGCAUGUAUUUGAGUUAAUGGAAAUUUUGGUUUUGUUUUUUUGUUCGCAUUUGGUUUUGAAAGAGCUGGAAAGUCUAGCAUGCGGUUGUAUAAACAAUAUAGAGAAUAACUGUGGUUCUUGCGGUUAAGAAAUGUGAUGCGGAGUUCACAAAAAAUAUGAUGGUGACAUACUUUGUGAGAGGAUUUGUUAUUUUUUUUUA